AUUUGCAACAAACAGUCUAGCAGUGUGCACAACACCCAUUCAAUAUUGCUGCAGUUUAUUCAAGCUAUAUUUUGCAGCGUAUAAAUCGCUCAUUAAAAUUUCGAAUUCGUUACCCAAAUAGAUGUUCAGUACGACUGUGGUGCUUGUGGUGUAAAAUAAUCUCACGUAAAUAAACGUGAAAACGUAUACGAAUUGUGGUAAUAUCAAAAAUAUUCCCUUCUUUUUGUGGAAUAUGAGACUGUGCGGGUUUAUCGCUUCUGUACUGAUUAUGAUCUGCGCAUUCAGGGCAUGUACGGUAACAGGUUGGCCUGUUACCAAUCCAGAGGUGGUGGACAGUCUGAUUUUUGCUGAUCCGGAAGAGGCUGCACUAUCAAUGAAGGAGAUACCUCAAUGGCAUUGCUUGCGAUACUUUAAGCAUGACAUUCAUCUCAUGCGUCGUUGUAGAAACUAUAGAAUGCACAUGUUGCGAAGACCUACUGAUAUGAUGUAAAGUAAUACGGAACGAACCAUGAACCAUCUAUAUUAGUUUAUCAAUUCCCUAAGCGACGCACAUAUGUACGCACAAUAAUGCCUAUAUAUAUAGUUUCAAAACCUUCAAUCAGUUUCAAACAUCAGUUUGAAUUGUUAAUAACUGAUGCACGCUAACAACACUAAACAACAUCUUAGAUGGAAUUUUAAAUUACUAAUAACGAAAGAAACAGUAAGGGAUAUGUGUUUUGUGUAUAUUAUCAAAUCAUCAAAGAUGGUAGUGAAAUAUAAGAUUUUUAAAUAGAAAAGUAGGAACAUACGAUAGCAGAACCCUGUAGGUUAUUACAAUAUUAAAUCUGAUUUUUCGUGAUACACAAGUCCCAGUGAGGUUUAGUUUUCUUAACGACGUGCCUGGCAGUAUUUCAACUUCCAAUCAAUACUAUGAGCUUGCAGUAAAUUCAUUGAACUAUUAUAGUGCCACAAUGUGUACAUUACAAUCCAACAGCGUUACAACCAAUAAAAACAAAGCCAAAUGUAUUUUAGAAAGAAACGAAGAAAAAUCUAUCGCUCGAACCAGUACAUGCAUUCCCUUAUUUGAUGUUUCUACAUGUUUGCUUUUUUGUAUACAGAGCGAUCAAGAGAAGAGCACACUAAGUUGAAUUUUUGAACAAUAUACGUGUACCACUCACAACACAUUAGUACAACAAUUAUUAAGGCGGCAAGAGUUUUCGGCAUCGGUUCUAUCGGUUAAUGAUACAGUAACAUCAUCAAUUGUUCCCUCAGUUUCUAAUUUAUGCAUUCUUCUAAUCUUUCUCCUUAUGCAUUUCUUUGGCAACAUGUAUCUUUGUGGAUACCCACGCACCAGACUAUCUUUGUAUAUUAUCGAAUUAUCGAAUGUAUAUUAAUGUCUCAGGGGUAAUAGAAACAUUACUACCCAUGUAAAACCGACUCCCUAAUCUGAUUUUGGUCAUUUUUGACCUAAAAGGGGGUCGUUAUACACGCAAAAAUACUGUAUGCCAUCACAUUGUUCACAUUGCCAUCACAAAAUAAAUAAAUAAAUAUCUUUUAAGAAUACUUA